AAGGGACCUCAGGCCAAAUUCACAACGUGCCAUAACUCUGUAAGUAUCAAAAUUUAACAGUAAGAUAAAGUGGCUCUGCGAAUCAUUCGCCGGCCGAUUGUGCAACAUUUCGAGUGACUUUUGAGCGCCAGAAGGCUUUUUUCCGACUGGAUCAUUCAAGAUGUCCAGGUGUCCCUUGGCCAUGAAGUUGUUGACAGUUUGCCUCAUUGUUGCGCUGAUGGUAGUGGCAUCAAGUUCAGCCAUCCCUAAGACUGACCACAACAAGCGUGUACAUGAAAAUAAACUGAGUGACCUCCAACACGAAGAUGAGGAUGAUGAACACAAUGAAGAUUAUGAUCAUGAGGCAUUCCUUGGCAAGGAAGAAGCUCAAGACUUUGAGGAUUUGUCACCAGAAGAGAGCAAGGAACGUUUGGGGCAAAUUGUGGACAAAAUAGACAAGGACAAGGAUGGGAAAGUGACGGAGGAGGAGCUUAAGAACUGGAUUCAGUAUAUCCAGAGACGCUACAUAGUCACAGAUACGGAGCGCAUGUGGAAGGAUCAUGACCUGGAGGGAGACGCACUACACUGGAAUUCCUACAUGAAGAGAACCUAUGGAUACGAGGAUAGCCCUGAUAAUGCCGAUUCUCCAACCUUCAGCUACAAGGAGACAAUAGAAAGGGACCAGCGACGUUGGACUGCCGCUGAUACUGACAAAGAUCAAAAGCUAAGCAAGGAGGAAUUUGUUCAUUUUCUUCAUCCUGAAGACUCCGACCACAUGAGGGAUGUUGUUGUACAGGAAACAAUGGAAGAUAUUGACAAAGAUAAAGAUGGAUUUAUCAGUUUAGACGAGUACAUAAGCGACGUUUACGAUGAAGAUGAUGAAGAUGAUGAACAUGAUGAAGCCCCUCAUGACGGGGAGCCCGAUUGGGUGAUCAGUGAGAGGGAACAGUUUCAGAGCCAUCGUGACCGUAACGGUGACGGAAAGUUGGACAGCGAUGAGGUCAGGGAGUGGAUAAUGCCCGAGGAUUUUGACCACAGCGGUGUCGAGGCCAAACACCUGGUUAACUCAGCUGAUGAAGAUAGGGAUGGAAAUCUUUCAAAGGAAGAGAUACUAGAACAUUAUGACUUAUUUGUGGGAAGUCAGGCAACAGACUUUGGCGAAGCGCUGACAAGACACGAUGAGUUUUAAGCCUGGUCCUGAAUUAGAUACCUAGCUUUGUGUGAUUCUGAUAGAACAAGUUGUGUGAUGUGUGGAAAAGAUGAGCUUAUUUCAAUUUCUCAAGAAAAAAUAUUCAAUCAUAAUUUUGAAAUCAUGUUUUGGACUCAGCAUUACUGGCAGUAAGCAAAAAUUUGAUUUGAAAUUUAUGUUAAAUUUUGAGAAAUUGAAAUGUUUAAAAUGGACUUCUCAUGCCUGUAUUAUGAAAGUUUGUAGAACAAGGAUUUAAGGAGGUCAGGUUGACUGCAGUAGUUCACUGUUCACAUUGAGAAAACACUAGUCUUGCUUCUUGGUGUAAACAUGUGUUAGGAAACCUUUACAGUAAUAUAGAACAUCAAUUUGGGCUUAAUAGUAAAAGUUAACUGUUAUACAAUUUUGAUUUUUAAAUCAUGUUAUUUUGAUACUUUUGUGGAAAACAGUAUUGAAUUUGUGAUGAAAAGGUCUGUAAUGUUAGUAAUUAGAAAUGUUUGUAAUUUUAUUGAAUAUGGCAGUGGUCCAACUAUAGAAUAGCCAGACUGGAAAGAUUGCAUGGAGUAAAAUAUACUGAAGAAGUGUCAAACACAGCUAUAGGAUCUGCCUGUAGGCUUCCGUGUGGUGAACAUGUGGGGAAAACGAAGCAAGAAGAAGGCUCAGAAAAAAGAUUGUAGUUGUAUUUCUGCAUUGGGUUCUCACAAAACUGUCCUAGAGACAGUGUUCUGACUAUAAUAGUGUCACAGCAAGAAUAGGAUUGACACAUCACUAAAGCAAGAGUUGGUAAAAGAAAGUAGAAACACAACAUUGUUUUUGAUUUAGCAUUAAAGGCUGUUAUAUUUUAUUGAAAUAUAUCUUAACAUUCAACCCAACUUGAACCUAAGUACAAUAUAUUGUGUAGACCUUGGUAAAACAAUAAGUAGACCCAAGUUCAAAUAUUUGGUGCUUAACUGACUUGAAUAUGAAGGGAAGUGACCUGACUUACAUGGGUGGAGAGUUGAAGGAUUAAAUUAUGUAUGUAUAUUUGUCAGAAGACCCUCAUUCACUUUAAUGCAGAGUCAAAGUACUAAUGUGUGUAUAUUUAUCUUACAGAAUUACUCAUCGAUCCAUAGGUAGUCACAAAUAUUAUUAAAAUCAUUCACAUGGAAUGUUCAAUGUUGUAGGAGAAAGUACAUGUUGACUGAAGAUAAAAGAAUGUUUGGAUUAUGUAGUGUAUGAAUGCCAUUAGGUUAUAUUUUAUAUUCAGGGAAACCUCAUUGAUUUGGAUACUCAUGUUUCUGGAAAAACUUUCUGGAAUUACCAAUUUUCUAGAUGAAGACAUUGAAGUGCAACAGGAAUUCCUUUGGGAAUUUUCGUUAAUUUCAUCAUUUAAAGCUUCCAGAAAUACAAUUUUCCAGAUUGUCACAUGUCCAAAUUAGUGUUAGUCAGCUGUAGCAUGUCUUAGGUCUGAGGUUUAAAAGAGUGAACAAUUUUUAUUUUUUUUAUAUCUUAGCAUAAUUUGUCUUUGAGUUUUUUUAACAGGCUUUCGUGAUCUUUAUCAGUCACUUUUUUGAGAAAAUUGGGAAAUUGAUUUGGAUACAUGUGUGCGUUAGUCAAGUUUUAGUUUGCUUUCAAUAACUGGUCCAAUUUAACAAAAUUUGAUAUGCAUAUACCUAAUGGUAAGUGUUUGCCUGAGUUUGAUCGCCAAUUUGAUGCCUGCAUAUUAACAAAUUAAUUUAUGAGGUUACUUUAAUUUGAUAUGUUAAUUGGUUUCAAUGAUAUAACUGCCUUUAAUAUGGUUCAAUCCAACCAAAUUUAGUAUACAGAUCCAUAUUCUAGUAUGCCCAACAUAUUGACAUGUACACAUCCUAUACUAAUAAUUAUGUCUAUCCCAAAUGUCCAGAAUGGCCCACACACACCCUACAGCAUUGCCCUGAAAGUGAGGAUAUAUGUUCUACAAAUUUAAUAGCAUAUCACAAGUUUUACAAAUUUCUAAAUUCAAAAAAUCUGUUACACAUUUAUUUCCUCUCCAAGAUUGAUAAUUAAUCAGAGGUGUUGGUACUCUUGACACCAGAUGUAAUCUGUUGUAUCAAUAGAAAAGAAUAUUAAUCAUGCGCAUUAAUUAUUAACAUUAGUGCAGUACAAUACUUUUUCAAAACAAAUGUUUUCCAUGUACAAGAUCUUAUCAUGGAAGUUGUCGAUAAGUUGUGGUGAAAAGGGCAUAAUUUAAUUUUUGAUAGUCUAUGUUAUUUAUGAUAUGUGGUCAGGAGUGGAUCAGGCAACCCCAGCAUUACUGCCUUAGUCCCGCCCUUCCAUUUACAGUUGGACCGGCUAAAUAGCUUCUGUAGAGGGGCGGGAUCUGGCUUUCAUUUUCUGCUAGCACUAAAUGAAACAUAACUUGGAAGUUUUAGGAGAAAUGGGGCAUUAAAUUGCACAAUACUGAAAAAGUCUUUAUACAUUUUUCUGUGCAAUAAUGAGAAAAGAAAGAAACAUUUUGAACAAUGAAAUAGAGUAAUUCAACCUGUUGAUGUAAGACAUUAAUUGAAGAGAAAUUGCAGAAUAAAGAAAAUGCAAGUAAUCACAUACUUCAGCAGGACUGCAUUUGAAUAUCAGACCAAAGAUGACAAUAAAUAUACAAUAGUUGAACGUCAAGUCAUUUUACAUGUAAAAUAAAAGCACAUUGGCAAGUUUGUUAAUGAACUAAAAUGUUACUGUUGGCGAUAUUAUUUUCCUAUAUUAUUCAGCAUUAAAUAUCCUUGGUAGUGAUAUGAGAUAGUUUUAGUUUGUGUUUUCUGUUUAAGAAAGCUUUUAUUAUUGAAACUGCUUGUACGUAGUGCGUUUUUUGGUGUAAAGCUUUGUCAUGUUUAUUUUUAAAAUCAAAGACUGUUAUAAUUUCUUAAGUUAUUUUCUCAUUUUUGUAUAGGCUUUUUGUACUUAAGUGAGAUUAACUCCUCUCUUUUUAUACUUUCUACAGACAGAUGUACAAAAUAAUGACAUAUGUUUCUGCUAUAGGUAUACUACUGUAGUUCAAAUCAGAUCUUCCAAUCACUAGAAUGCUACCUGUCACAUGAAGGCUCCUACUUUGUAAACCCACGUAGGGCCUGUUAGAUUACUACAGUUGAUAUCUCCUGUCACAAACAAGGUAUGGUAUCCACUGGAUAUGCCCCUAGAUUACUACAGAUGAUAUCUUCUGUCACAAACAAGGUAUGUAUCCACUUGAUAUGCCCUUAGAUUACUACAGUUGAUUUUUCCUGUCGAAAACAAGGUAUGGUAUCCACUUGAUAUGCCCCUAGAUUACUACAGUUGUAAACACAAACACUCAGAUUUUGUGAACUACGUCGGCUAUGUGGUUGUUUGUGAGUCAGUUGUGACAAUAAAGUACUAGCUUUGCUUUGAUCCAUAUAUCCUGUCAUGUGGUGACUUACCAAUUUAUUAACUGCCAUAUGACCCUCGGUCUUAUAUAUACGUAUAUGACCAUCAGUCUUAUAUUUACGUAUAUGAUUUUAAGUAAGAUCUUCCUUAUGGAUAUUGAAGCCCACCACCAGUAGAUAUACUUACAUUUGUUAGGAUGUAUCAUCUAUAGAUCUCUGUGGAAUCCUCUUUGAUAUGGAUAGUAAUUUGGUUAUGAAUCUCUCCUGUCUUCCGAAGGAAAUUAGUGCCUCGUCAUUAAAACGAAUGGCUGCGUUAGGAUAAUUUGUUGAUUUCUUAUCUGUCUUUUUCUGUAUGUACAUGUAUACAGAAACUUGAAUCCUUUAAAACACACUAAGACUGUCCACAGGUGUUCAAUAUUAUGGCAAUACUGUGGAAUUUUCAAGUAUUAAUAUUUAAACAAAACCCCACUAUAUUUGUUUGUAAGGUUGUUUUGUCCAAAUCUAUUCUUCUAAUAUGUUAGUACAUGUAACACUUAAGUUAUACGCUACUUAACCGUGAUAAGUGUAUCUCCCUGAACAACCCUAAGUAACCUGCAAAGCGUGUUUUUUGUAUGGUAUUUCAGACCUUUGUUUAUGUUUGGUAAAUUCUUAUCAAACGUAAGAGAGAUAACUCUAUUACAAAUGAUAAAUAAGGUGGCAUUUGUUCUCGAGUAACUGUCUGUAAUGGACAGAACCAUGUAUAUAUGUUAAAUGUUUCAGUCUGUGUUUAAAGUAAAGGAUCAAUCUGAUGGUCAUGCUAGACCCACGUUCAUUAUGAAGCACAUUUAGUAAAAUACUCCUUUUGUUAUAAAAAAGACUUGCCAGUAUGAUCAAAGAGGUCAAGAAACAUUGUAUGAAAGAUUAGAAAUAUCUAUAUUAUUUAUAAGACUAUUAUAAUGAUGCUCCAUGUUAUCACUGUUAACCCAGUCAAACUUUUGUAAUGUCAUUAAAAUUUGAGAAAUUUAGUUUUUGUUUGUUUCACUCAUCCAGGUGUAUAUCUUGUAUGUUGGAGAACCUCACUGAUUUUUCUAGUCCAUAUCACAUUGUCAGCAGCUUGGAGAUGACAAAAUUAUUUGAAAAAACUGACUUCAUAAAAAUAAUAAAAAUGUUGUUCACUUUUUUCUUGAAAGGUAAAACUAUUUUUCCCAAUUGAUAAUUUGUACAUGCAUUGUAAAAACUCUGGCUUAUGUGUAUCUAUUUGUGCUGUUUGCUAAACUGUUUGUUCAUUUAUAUUUUUUAAAUUGAUUAAAAAUUGUUAAAAUGUG